AUGGUUGAGCAUGUUGGAUUCCAACUAUUUGUUAGAAAUCUUCAGCCUUUGUUUGAGUUAGUGACAUUUAAUAGGGUUGAGACCGACUGUAUUGAAAUUUAUCAUAAAGAGAAACAGAAGGUGUAUGAGGUGCUAGAUAAGUUACCUGGUAAAAUCAGCAUUACUGCUGAUAUGUGGGCUGCUAAGGAAGAUGUUGAUUACUUAUCUUUGACUGCACACUUUAUUGAUGAUGAUUGGCAAUUAAAGAAGAAAGUUUUGAAUUUUAUAAUGGUCGAUCCUUCUCAUACAGAAGACAUGCUUUCAGAAGUCAUCAUGGCAAAAUACAUGCUUUCAGAAGUUAUCAUGGCAAGUCUAAUCGAUUGGGAUAUCGAUCGAAAAUUAUUUUCAAUGACAUUUGACAGUAGUUCUACCAACGACAAUAUCGUCUGUAGAAUUAGAGACCGACUCUCCCAUAACAGGUUUCUUUUGUGUAAUGGUCAAUUAUUUGAUGUAUGCUGUGCACCAAAUAUUAUUAAAUUGAUGGUUCAAGAUGCCUUGGAAGCACUGUCGAAGGUAACCCAUAAGAUUCGAGAUAGCUUUAGGUAUGUUAGAAGUUCACAAGCAACGCAGGAAAAGUUCAACGGGAUGGUUCAUCUUGUGAGCAUUGAUAGUCAGAAGUGCUUGUGUGUUGAUAAUUCAACACGAUGGAAAUCAACAUAUUUCAUGCUUGAAGCUGCUUUAGUGUAUAAAGAUGCGUUUUCUGUUCUGCAAGAACAUGAUCCCAUUUACACAAUGUAUCCAUCUGAUAUAGAGUGGAGCAGAGCAAGUGCCAUUACCGGCUAUUUGAAGCUCUUUGUUGAGUUGAUUGAAUGGUGCCAGAACUCGGAUACUUAUCUUAGUUCUUUAGCCUUGAAGAUGAAAAGCAAAUUCGAUGAAUAUUGGAAGAAGUGCAGCUUGGGUUUUGCAGUUGCAGCAAUAUUAGAUCCUCGGUUCAAGAUGAAGUUGGUAGAGUAUUAUUAUCCUCAAAUUUAUGGCACGAGUGCUUCUGAUUGUAUUGAUAUUGUUUCUAAUUGUAUGAAAACACUUUACAAUGGGCAUGCCAUUUGCUCCCCAUUAGAUUCUCAUGGUCAAGGCUUGUCUUGUCAAGUAGGCGGUGGUGGUGGGGGUGCAAUUUAA